AUGGCCUUCCUCGUCCUCGUCAUUGGGGAUAUCCAUAUCCCCGAUCGAGCCCUCGACAUCCCAGCCAAGUUCAAGAAACUCCUCGCGCCUGGAAAGAUCUCCCAAACCCUCUGUCUCGGUAACCUGACCGACCGCCAAACCUACGAGUACCUGCGCGGCAUCUGUCCUGAUCUCAAGAUCGUCAAGGGACGCCACGAUGUCGAGGCCACCUCCCUCCCUGUAACCAACGUCGUCCAGCACGGCGGGAUCCGCAUUGGCUUCCUAGAAGGCUUCACCCUCGUCUCCAACGAACCCGACUUGCUGCUCGCCGAGGCGAACCGCCUCGAUGUCGACGUCCUCUGCUGGGGCGGCACCCACCGCUUCGACGCUUUCGAGUACAUGGACAAGUUCUUCGUGAACCCGGGGAGCGCCACCGGUGCUUUCCACCCUGGAUGGGGCCUCGAAGCCGAGGAGGCUACCCCGAGCUUCUGCCUGAUGGAUGUCCAAGGAAUCUCCCUCACUCUCUACGUUUACCAGCUGAGGAAGGACGACGACGGCAACGAGACCGUCGCAGUUGAGAAAGUGACCUACACUAAACCCCUCGAACCCGCCGCCGCCCCUGCCUCAUGA